ACAAGUCUCCGGGCUUGGAUGAAGUCAAACCAGGGCUACUAAAAUGUGAUCCAUCAAGUUACAUUUUUAACUUAUCUCUAUCCAAGGGAAUUGUUCCAGAUAGAUUAAAAAUUGCUAAAGUUACCCCUAUAUUUAAAAAAGACAACCCCACUGAGCUUGGUAAUUAUAGACCAAUUUCUGUGCUAUCCUGUUUGUCAAAAAUUUUGAAAAACUUGUUUACAUUAGGACAGUGAAAUUUCUAGACAAGUAUAACCUUAUUUCUGAUCAUCAAUAUGAUUUUCGACCAGGUUUCUCCACUUCAAUGGCACUUAUUGACUUAGCAGACAAAGUUGUCAAAACCUUUGAGGAGAACGCUUUUUCAAUUGGAAUUUUCUUAGAUUUAUCAAAAGCAUUCGAUACUAUCAAUCACGGAGUACUUCUUUAAAAAUUAAAUUAUUAUGGCAUUCGGGGGGUUGCCCUUGAGUGGUUUGCGAGUUAUUUAAAUGAUCGUAAACAAUGUACUAAAUUCAACAGUUGCCUGUCUAGUUUGAAACCCAUCUCAUGCAGAGUACACCAGGGCUCUCUAUUGCGACCUUUGCUCUUUUUAAUUUAUAUCAAUGAUAUCUCAACAACAUCAGACCUGUUAUCUUUUAUAUUAUAUGCCGAUGACACCAGUUUAUUUUAUCGAAACAAGGAUAUUAAUUCUCUUUUUAAUAUUGUUAAUACCAAAUUGGUCAGUAUAUUUAAAAGCAAAUCGUUUAUCUCUUCAUUUAUCUAAAUGUAAUUAUGUAAUUUUCAGUAAGAGGAAAACGAAGAAUGGACACAACUUCAAUAUUUCAUUGGACAACACAAUUGUAAAGAACGUAGAGAAGUUUAGGUUUUUAGGUGUCAUCAUUGAUGACAAAUUAACUUGGAAAUUUCAUAUUGAUGAGAUUGCAAGCAAAGUUUCCAAGAGUAUCUGAGUAGUUAAUAGUUUAAAACAUAUUGUUCCAUUUCAGGUAUUAAAUAAUAUUUACAGUUCAUUGAUACUUCAUUAUUUUUCUUAUUGUGAUUUUGUCUGGGGGAAUACAUUCCCUACAAAUCUAUCUAAACUAAUAAAUCUGCAGAAAAAAAUCGUUCGAAUUAUCACAAAUUCGCCUUAUAGGGCCCACAGUCAACCCCUGUUACGUGAGCUCAAAUAUCAACAAGUGUUAUUUAUGUAUAAGUUUAAAAAUAAUUUGAUGCCCGGAACAGAUCCAAACAUGUUUGUAUUUAACUGUGGCUUGCAUAAAUACAACACUUGUUCGUCAACCAACUUUCAUUUUCAGACACCGCAACACAGAACUUCUGCCUAUCAAUUUAACAUUAAAUACUCAGGUCCCAAACUUUGGAAUACUCUACCAUCCUCAGUAAGAUUUUCAAGAUCAUAUACAAUCUUUAAGCGGCAACUUAAGAUCUUUCUCAUGUAAAGCAAUAUAAUUUUCAUUGUUACAAUGACUACUUCUGAUCAUAUUCGUAGCCAUGAAAAUUAACUUAAUUUUUUCAUAGUCCAUCUUCAAUAAUUACUCUUUAAUUGCUUAGAGCUACAAUUAUUUGUUGUUUCUUAUAUUAAUAUGUAUGUAUGUUUUGUUUAAGGGCAUGCCUAACAAAAGCUUUGCUUCUAAGGUGUUGCCACCUUUCCUGGCAUAUAUGUCUAUUAGACUUGUCUUAUUAUUAUUAUUUCUGCCACGGGAGGAAAUAAAUGUGUGUGUGAACUCAAUGGCGACAAAUACCGUACCUCCCCCUGCGAGAAAAAAAAUCGAAAUCCGAGUCCCAAAGGCCAAAAAAUCCUGGAUCCGCCCCUACUCUUCUGUCUACAUCGUUGCUUCCACACUUUUAUUGCAGGCUCUUGAAAGUUUGGUUAUCGAUGUUGGUUGAAAGGUACAGUCCAUCAUUUCCAGUGAUCCAAAAAAUAAAUGAUGCAAUUAUUUGACCAUUGAUAUAAGACAGGCCCAGGCUUUCCCAGGCUUGCCCACGCACUUGGUUUGUCAAUAACCCUUAUCAGCACGUGGCUCAGAUAUUUACAUACAAUCCCCAUGGGACUUGGCUGGAGAUAGGCUCUGGAAAAGAAUUACUCACUCAGGGGAAUUCCCCACCAUAAAGGUGACUAAACUAGGCUGUGAGCAUCUACAGAGGUACAAAUUAACAGUAGGUUUUUGCAUUUGGCCGAAAAAAUUUUUUAAUUACGUAAUUAGAAAAAAUUCGAUCCUCAGUUUAUCAGCUCCGCUCUACGUCGGGUUUUAAUGCUGGUGGUUUGUUCUAGAGGCAUGUUGUUGAUUUUGAUCUCCAAUGGGGUUUGCGGUACGUCGCGUGAACUUUCACGAGUGACUGUGACGAACCAAAUAGCAUUGUCUUUGUUUUAACUGGUGCCCUUAUUAAGAGAAAGUCUAUCUGCUUUAUUUAAAAGCCAGCUCUUCGUUCCUUCUCUGUCUGACCCUCCACUUCGAAUUUAAUAAACCAGGACAGCAGGGUGGAUCCAGGAAUUUUUCGGGAGGGUGAGGACGGAGAUUUUUUCAAUGUCUGAUUUUUGCGGGUAAGCAGAAACUUUUAUGAAACAUUACGUGCGUCGUGUGCACUUACUUUAGGUAUUUUUAUAAUCAUUUUCUUUACUUUUUAGGGGGGGCAGAGCAGGGGUGGGGGUUCUUCCCUCCUCUUUAUUCACGCCUGUAGUUAUAAGUAAAAUCGACAUGGGCCUCAUGUCUCAGCCUCCGGUGGGACUAGAAGCGGAAACUUUUGUAGCGCCGCCAAUGACCCGGUUUCGUCAUGACAAUGACGUACGUACGUGUACAUUCGCCGGGGUAAAUGCAUCCCGAGGAUGGCUAGGACGCUCUGUGGACGUGUGGUACACCAUGGGUACACGUACAUGUACAUGUACAUAUGUACACUGUACCAUACGGUGGAAACGAAACUUAUUCCCAAAUAUAAUACUUCGUGCUAGUGACGUCGCUGUUUGUGCAUGUGUUGAGAAAUCAGGCGACUGGAAAUCCAGGAAGAACCGUCAUCGUGUUCAUACAGGCCUACGUAACGAGAGAGCAGCACUCUACAUGAUGGAUGAACCAUUUGAUUUUGGGGAAAGUGCCACACAGACAUCUGUUUUCACCACAGCGAUCCCCGUUAGCCCUAUCUGUACAUACUUUGUGCAGAGAGUAUGGAUGUUGUAUAGUCUCAUUCCAGCAGUUGCUGUCUUGGCUCUGUUUUGUUUCUUGGAGAAACGAGUGCACCUAUGGCAGUCAUGUUGCCAAGGCCGACCAGGUGUUGCAUUCCCGGUUAAUCUAGUGGACAGCUACUCUGAUCGCUGGUCCUUUGCGUUUGCCUUUGGCAGCAUGGCGACCAGCAUGGUAGAUGGCAUCUUUGGCAAGCAGAACAUAUUGCUCGGAAACUAUGAUUACGAAAAGCUUGCAGUCAUGCUGCGAGGGACCGUCAAAUUUCUGGUUACCAUAGUCAACGCACUCAUCAUCAGCGUGGCUUUCUACCCGAUCCUGCUCUGCCUACGUUCCAAGACAACCCUGGGCAAUAUCCUUGGUUUGGUUUACUCCUCUUCCUGGUUUACGUUCUACAUCAUGUCGGUUGCUUUACGCUGUGACAUUGAAGAAGAUGAUGGAGCAGUGUACGACAUCAUUAAGGAAUUAGGAAUCAAUGGAUCUGGGAUGGUCUGCUUUCUAGCGCUGAUGAUUCGUUUCACUCUGGGCAUCAUACAAGACAUAAGAAGGCACCUGAGGAAAAGCAGCAAUGCAUCACUGGCGGAAAAGGACUUCAAGAUGACGCAUUUCUACAGGAGGGUGAAGUUUCUGUUGACACCACCACUUCCUGAAGAGGAAAGUAGAAAUAUUCUUGAGCGUCUAUUCCGGUAUGUGUUUGGCACCAGUGUACCAGGUUUCAGAUUCUCCCGCCACAGUAUCUGCACUCUCGUUCUGACACUGAUCACCACCAUCCAGGUCGCCUUAGUUUGGAUCUCUAUGUGCGCACCUUAUCUUAAAGACGAAACCGAUGAAGCAUUGAUUUAUGCCUUUUGGAUAACCUGUGCAGUUUCACUGUUAGUGACGUGCAUUUUCACCAUUGAUGCACAACGAAAUUACAGGAAACACACUGUGAUGCUGUGGAGAGGCGACCGCUCAUUCUUCCCACAGAAGAAAGCUAAAUUUGAUGCCAUGCUGGUAUCAAGCUUACGUUACUCAGGAUAUCAAGUGGCAUUUACAGCAUGGGGCUUUUUAGUUCUGCAAGUGGUACUGUGUGCCAUAGCGUAUUUGGUCAUUCAGUUCAAAGAACAAGUGGUAUAUGAAAUCAAGGAGUUCUGGCUGACCAUUUUUAUCACCGUGGGGUUCUACUAUGUCCAGAUCAUCCUCUCGCGGCUCCUCUUCCUCCAGAGGGCGCCAGAUCGGGGCCAAUCCAGAUUUGUGCAGAGGAAGGAUAUCUAUCUUGGUCUGGAUAACAGGCGCAUCUUCCAUGUGACUAUGUACAUCACGCUGUUCAUCAACUUCCUUGUGGGCCUGCUCAGUUGCUUCUUCCGUAUCGUGGAAGCUAUCAUUUUAGAAACGAUUUUCAUCGGACGCUUGGACCACUGUAUACUGAUGCGCAACUGGGAACUAUGGGACCAAGCGUUCAGGUCGUACAUGGGCUUCUUGGAACUGGAGGUUGCUCAUACCCAUCCCGUAGUCAUCACCUUCUGUCACUUUAUGCUGCAGAAUGUGCACAAACGCCAGAGCAUAAUGCAGAACGAUGAAGUGCCUCUCAUCGUGAACACUUCAGGUGGUGCAGAUGAUGAUGAAUGCAUCCUAGGUGAAGUCUCGGUUCCUCCAAAAUUAGCCUCGGCCUCGCUCAAGUCGCGCCAGGUUCGCAACAAAUGGCUGGUGGCACUGACCCUUUCCCGAAAUCCCAGGCUAGCCCUGGAACGGAAGAUUGCCCUGCUAGCUGACCAACAGAGGCUACGAACCCUCAGCUUGAACGUGUCUGUCAGAGGUAAUGUUCAGGAACAGAUGUCGAGGAUUGUUUGAGUACCAAAUGGACCUGCUGUGUCACCUUAGUAAACGGGGAUUCAUUACCAUGUGUAUAACUGUCAAAUAAAAGCACAAUCUUUCUGUAAUGGCAGCACAUCAAAUGUGAGAAGGUUGUCGACUGAUGCUUUAUUUCAGUUUGUUCCUCGAAUAAUGUAGAGAUUGGAAUUAAAAGACAAACUGAAUGAAAUAUUUUUCACACUCAUGUCAGAAGUCAAUAGAGAGAGCCUGUUCAAGUUUACAACGUGCAGUAUCUCUGCCAAAAAUUAUUUUAAAAUUGUUUGCAAUAUCCUUUGCCUCCAAACUUCAUUGAUGUACCCAAUUAAUAAUUUCCUGACUGUUGGGUUCCAAAUGUGACAAUGAAGAAUCUUUGUCAGUCUGGCGCACUUUUUGUGUCUGCUGUUGACGAUUUCUGUCUGAGCUUUGUAGCCUUUCUCCCCUGAAAACUAUGAAUAGAGGGUGCGUUUCCAAAACAUGAUCAUUCCACAAUGCCGCUUUUUAUCUCUUUGUGUUAGAGACAGCUACUACGCAGUGGAGACAUAGCUUUUGGAAUAGUACACUAAUGAUGAAAAAUUACCAUCUUCGAGCAUUAAGAAAAAAAGAAGAGAAAUGCAACAAAUCGAAAUAAUCAUAAGCUGAAAUAAAAAUGCCUCGUGUAAUUUGGGUUAUUAUUAAAAGCAAUUAUUUCGUCCAGUUAUUCAACUACAAAUGAGAUAACUCUGUUUUGACUGGAAAUUUUGCUGUGGAAAAGUGGCUUGGCAUACAAAUGUUUCGUGUACUUCAUUGAGAAGUUAUGAGGUGUGAAUGAUGAACACGUAACCUAAGCAUGUGUGUUAUUAAAAGGUUAGAAAUAUUGGUGAAUUUAAAUUUCAAAAGAGGCUUUUCUUAUUUUUGUACUUUCUAUUGUGCAUUAUUUUCUGCAAAAAUAGGCUUUACUUUCAUAUGUUGUGCAAAUACAUGUGUACCAAUUUUUUUAGUUUGGCAAAAUCUGAUCAAGUAUGCAAAAAUUUUUGCUGCUCAUCAAAAUCUCACCAUACACUGGAAGAGAUGUAAGAACCCAAUAUUGUACAAAAUGCUUACUGAUAAAAAUGCGUAACCCAAUCCAACAAAAUGAGUCUUAAGUCUCGAGAGUCACUUCUAAGUCUUAUACCAGCCUCAGCAGAUGUUGCAAUGGAGCAGCAUUUGUUGGACAUUAUACCCACUCGUAAAGCCCACAUCCGCAAUGUCUGAGGGAUAUGUCAACACAUGUCUUGUCUGAUCGCACAGGGCCCAAUAUCUCAAUUCUGUCUGGUUCUUCUUCAGAAGCAAAAGGUGUGUAAUGUUCUUACUUCAACCCCUGAAAUGUUGGUGAUGCAUCUUUCUAUUUCAGUCAACCUUGAUUUUCAGUGUUUGGUUAAAUUUGAACCUUUUGUGUAGUGUUAUGGUAAUGUGUAGUUCUUCAUUAGCAGAACUGUGGUGUCAGUUUAGGAAGGAAACAAUGUUGCAUUGAUUCAUGCAUAAAUGGCUUCUGGAUGGACUCUCGUAUUUUUGCUGUUAAUUUUUGCAGGUUCAUUGUUGUAAGGACACAGCAAUGAAUGAGCAACCCUUCCUAGAAAUGUUUCCAGUGAGCAGAUUUUGAGGGCACAGACAGAAAACCUUAUAAAAUGAACCGUGUCACCCUGGAUCCAGGUUUGGUUAUAGAGAGAGUGGUGACAUGAGUGUCUCAACUGUUGGAACCAAAAUGGUGGAUUAUGCAUCAGUGCACAUGGUCAAUUAGCACACAGUAGCUUCACGAUGUACUGCACGUACAUGUAUGUUGAACAGCCAUUUUGGUUGCAGUCUGAAGAUGCUAUGUACUUUGUCUGUCUGAAAAAGCAUGGCCAAUAACAUUUUAUAAUUAUGCUUUAAUACACAUAACCCAACAAGGGAUGUAGCAGAGUAGAGCCUCCUCGACCCUUGACCCUUUCAACUAAACUUGUUAGCACGAUCUUGCAUUUGUUUGACACCAUAUAGUACGGAUCUAGUACGGAUCUAGUACCUUUUCGGUGUGUGGAUGAUCCUAUAAAUUUGGGGUCCCGUUUUUUAUGUCACUGUCACACAAGUUAAGAACACAUACUCUAAGUUGGAAUGCAAUGACCUGCCACACAUACAGAAAUAUUUGAAUUGAAGUCAAUUUCAGUGAUAUUUCCAUGUCAAAUUACGCAGGCCAGGUGGAACAGGGACGCACAAAUGUCAUUAUUAUGGAUCCAGAGGAAUGCAUGACAUGGGCAAAAAAUUCAGACUUUUAUCUUUGGUCACAGGUUUUUAUAAUUGUUUUUAACAAAAAAGAAAGAAUUUGCUACAUAUGAAUGCAUUGUAUUACAUUUUACACCGCACACAGCUGUUAAUUAUUUAAAUUCAUGUUGGUUCCACAUUGAGAUUUAUAUUUAAUUUAAAAAGACUGAUUUGAAAUCACGACAGAUUUUAAGUAAACUUUCAAGUAUCUGUAUGCUAGAAAUUUGUCAGAGUCAGAGUUAGUAAUGCAUGAUUCCAUAAAUACUUUUAUUGAAAUAGAUCAAUUCAAUGCAUGUUAUAUAUUUAAUUACUGUCAAAGAAGUCUGCAGUCAUUUGUUAAUAGUCAUCAUUAUGGACAAUGUAAAAUCGGUAUGCAAUAUGGUAUUUUUCAGAUUGCCAUGUCAUGAAGCAUGCUAUUCAAUCCCACUUUUUGUUCCUGGAUUGACAAUCGAUUGUGGUGUUAAUCAGCAUAAGAAUUACGUGCUCAGUGAUGGCUUUGUAUUUUGUUUGAAUGCGUGCAUAUAUUAUUGGUUAUCUGUAUUAUGUAUUAAAGUCGAGAAGGUGGUACCUCUUUGUUCAUCCUAAAAGGAACUAUAAAGUUUGUCUUCAUAAUAAUAAUAAUAAUGAUAACAAGCACUUGUAAAGUACCAUCCAUCUCGUAAACUUUUCCAAGGCGCUGUAUUAUCAUAACUGUCUUGGUUGAAAUUAAGAGCAUACUGGACACCCUAAAUUUUCUGUGUGCUUCCAUUUAUUGUGAAAAAAAAUCCAGAGCUCCUCAAAGUCAAGAACAAUAAAUUCUUGCCCAUUUAGUCGUAAAGUC